GAGAAGAAGCCGGAGAACCUGCCAUCGAGUCUGCGCAGCUUAGUAAUUUAGUCGGUUUUCUUAUUUUCUCACUUUACACCAGCUAAAACCAAUUCUGACAGUGUCUUGCUCUUGUUCUACGAAACCACGUAACGUUAUUUCAAUGUAAGAGGAGACCAUCUUUUUUGCAGCUUUAGCAGCGUUCAUUUUUGGAUUCCUCCACAGCUUUGAAAGGCUUCACCUUUCAGUCAUGAUUUGAAAUUAUGUAUGUUAAUAGAAUUUCAUGUCACAAGAAUGUGUGAAUAGCAGGGCCGUUGCAGGCUUUUGUCCGUCUUCUCUUCGUGCAUUUUGUCUCGUGCUUGGCCUAAAGACGUGGAAACCAAUCCGAUGAAGAAUUUGACAGCAUAAUGUUAUGAUCUGAAAGAAAAACACGUAGGAUUCAUCACCUGCCAGAUUAUUUUUAGAGCAUCUUCAUUAAAAUUUAUAAGCAAAUUCUAAUUUCAAAUUCAUUCACAGUUACCACCCGAUAUAUAUUAAAAGUGUAAGGUUGUCGAUUAUCAAAUUGCAUCAUGUUCAGCUGGUUGGGUACGGAUGACAGGAGGAAGAAGGAUCCAGAGGUGUUUCAGACAGUCAGCGAUGGACUCAAGAAGCUCUACAAAACCAAACUCCUGCCUUUGGAGGAACACUACAAAUUCCACGAGUUCCACUCGCCCGCCUUAGAAGAUGCUGACUUUGACAAUAAGCCAAUGGUCCUUCUUGUGGGGCAAUAUUCCACCGGAAAGACCAGCUUCAUACGAUACCUCCUAGAGCAGGAUUUUCCCGGGAUGAGGAUUGGCCCAGAGCCCACCACGGACUCCUUCAUAGCUGUGAUGCAUGGUGAUGUGGAAGGGCUUAUUCCCGGGAAUGCCCUGGUGGUGGAUCCCAAGAAACCCUUCCGGAAGCUCAAUGCCUUUGGGAAUGCCUUCCUCAACAGGUUUGUGUGUGCCCAGCUGCCUAACCCUGUUCUGGAGAGCAUAAGUGUGAUUGACACCCCAGGAAUCCUGUCUGGAGAGAAACAGAGGAUCAGCAGAGGCUAUGACUUUGCUGCUGUCCUCGAGUGGUUUGCUGAGCGUGUGGACCGCAUCAUCCUGCUCUUCGAUGCCCAUAAGCUGGACAUCUCGGACGAGUUCUCAGAGGUGAUUAAGGCACUGAAAAACCACGAGGACAAGAUCCGCGUGGUCCUGAACAAGGCUGACCAAAUCGAGACGCAGCAGCUGAUGCGUGUUUAUGGCGCUCUCAUGUGGUCGCUUGGCAAGAUCGUCAACACGCCGGAGGUCAUCCGUGUUUACAUCGGCUCGUUCUGGUCUCACCCGCUGCUCAUCCCAGACAACCGUAAACUGUUUGAGGCUGAGGAGCAGGACCUAUUCAAGGACAUCCAGUCACUGCCCCGAAAUGCUGCCCUCCGCAAACUCAACGACCUCAUCAAAAGGGCACGACUGGCCAAGGUCCAUGCCUACAUUAUCAGUUCUUUGAAGAAGGAGAUGCCAUCUGUCUUUGGGAAGGAGAACAAGAAGAAGGAGCUGAUCAACAGUCUGGGAGAAAUCUAUAGCCGCAUUGAGAGGGAGCACCAGAUCUCCCCCGGAGACUUUCCCAACCUCAAGAAGAUGCAGGAGCAGCUACAAGCUCAUGACCUCAAUAAGUUCCAGCCGCUGAAGAUGAAGCUCCUGGAUGCAGUGGACGACAUGUUAGCGCAUGACAUUGCCCAGCUCAUGGUUCUGGUGCGUCAGGAGGAGACACAGCGACCCAACCAGGUGGUGAAGGGUGGUGCCUUCGAAGGCACCAUGAACGGCCCAUUUGGCCACGGCUAUGGAGAAGGUGCUGGUGAAGGCAUUGAUGAGGUGGAGUGGGUGGUGGCACGAGACAAGCCCAUGUACGAUGAGAUCUUCUACACCCUCUCGCCAGUCAACGGAAAAGUAACAGGCGCCAACGCCAAGAAGGAGAUGGUCAAAUCCAAGCUUCCCAACACGGUCUUAGGAAAGAUCUGGAAGCUGUCUGACAUUGAUAAGGAUGGCAUGCUAGAUGACGAAGAGUUUGCCCUGGCCAAUCACCUCAUCAAGGUCAAACUAGAAGGUCAUGAGCUUCCAAGCGAGCUUCCUGCUCACCUAGUCCCCCCCUCCAAGAGAAAAAUCCCAGAAUAAGAGACAAUAUCAGUGAGGUUUUGGUGGGUGGAUUGAGGAAAAGAGGUGUUACGAGGGAUGCUUCUGGGUAAUUCAAGAAUUUCAGACAGGCAUACAUCAA